CUUGUUUUUCUUUCUUCAAUUCCCUUCGUUGACUGCCCGAAGACAAAACUCCAUCUCUCUCUCUCUCUCCGGCGGCCGUCUUCCCAUGGCUCCGCCCGCGUCUCGGCUGGCCGCCGCCCUCCUCCUCGCCUGGCUGUCUCUGCCCGAGCUCCUCGUCUCCUUCGCGCACGCUCUCCCUCGUCCGGGCGAUCUCCACCGCCCGUUGAUCUUGCCUCUCUCUAAAGCGCCCCGGGAUUCUUCUUCUUCUGCUUCUUCUUCUUCUUCCUCUCGCGAGAGAGAUCAUCACCGCCGGCGAUUGCUCGGCUCGGAGCUCCCUCGCUCGCCCAGCGCUCGCAUGCGGCUCUACGACGAUCUCCUCUCUAAUGGAUACUACACGACGCGUCUUGCCAUUGGGACGCCUCCUCAGGAGUUUGCGCUGAUCGUGGACACGGGAAGCACCGUCACUUACGUUCCGUGUUCCAAUUGUCAGCGUUGUGGUAAACAUCAGGAUCCAAGAUUUCAACCUCAAUUAUCUUCCACCUAUCAACCUGUCAAAUGCAAUGCCCACUGCUCCUGCGACGAUGCAAGAAAGCAGUGCACUUAUCAGAGACGGUACGCUGAGAUGAGCUCCAGUACCGGCAUGCUGGGAAAUGAUCUUGUAUCAUUUGGGAAUGAAAGUGAGCUCACACCCCAGAGGGCUGUUUUUGGGUGUGAAAUUGUGGAAACCGGUGAUCUGUUCAGCCAACGAGCAGAUGGCAUAAUGGGCUUGGGACGUGGUUAUCUCAGCAUUGUGAAUCAGCUCGUUGAGAAGCAUGUUAUUGAUAACUCUUUCUCAUUAUGUUAUGGUGGUAUGGGCAUGGGAGGUGGUGCAAUGAUACUUGGAAGUAUUGUUCCUCCCACAGGAAUGGUAUUCUCACAUUCGGAUCCUCACCGCAGUCCGUAUUACAAUAUCGAGCUGAAGGAAAUACAUGUUGCUGGGGAGCCAUUGAAGUUGACACCAAGUAUUUUUGAUGGAAGACAUGGAACGGUCUUGGAUAGUGGAACCACAUUUGCAUACCUACCAGCAAAGGCAUUUCUGGCAUUCAGGGAUGCUGUUACAGAGAAUGUUCGAUCCCUGAGAAAGAUUCCAGGACCCGAUCCAAAAUUCCAAGAUGUUUGUUUUGCUGGUGCUGGAUGGGACAUCUCCAGGUUAUCUGAAGUAUUUCCAAAGGUUGAUAUGGUUUUUGGCGACAAGCAAAAGCUGUCACUGUCUCCUGAGAACUACUUGUUCAAGCAUACAAAGGUUCCUGGGGCAUACUGCUUAGGAAUAUUCCAGAACGAAAAUGAUGAAACCACUCUCCUAGGAGGUAUACUUGUCCGCAACAUGCUUGUUACUUAUGAUAGGGAGAAAAAUAAGCUUGGCUUUUGGAAAACUAAUUGUUCUGAACUGUGGAAGCGACUGCAAGAUACUGGUAGUCCUACACCUGCACCUUUAGUUCCACAGAAGCACAAUAAUACUUCAGCUAUUUCUCCUAGCAUAGCUCCGAGUGGAUUGACUCCAAAUUCGUUUCCGGAUGAAUUUCGAGUAGGCAUCAUAACGUUCAACAUGUCAUUCAGCAUCAAAAGCUACAGUGGCAAGCCUAACUUCACUGAAUUUGAAGAACUUAUUGCUCAUGAGUUGGGAGUGAGUACCUCACAGGUCCAUUUGCUGAAAUUCACUUCCAGUGGAAAUCAGUUCCUUGUUGAGUUGGCUAUCUUUCCAGCAGAUUCUGCUGAUUACUUCUCUAAUACCACUGCAAUGAGCAUAAUCACACGCUUAAGAGAUCAUCACGUGCAGCUUCCUGAAAGAUUCGGUAGUUAUCAGCUAGUUGAAUGGAAAAUUGAGCCUCAAAAGAAGCGCACAUGGUGGCAGCGUAAUUAUUUGGCAGUGGCUGCAGUAGCUUCUGUAGCACUGUUGCUCACCUUAACGAGCAUCGCACUAUGGUUUGUUUGGAAGAAUAACUGGCAACAAUCUGGUGCAUACAAGCCUGUAGGUGUCGUCAUUCCUGAGCAAGAGCUUCCGCCGCUCGUCAUUCCUGAGCAAGAGCUCCGCCGCUUUGACUCAGGCAUGUCCAUCUUCUCAUUAUGAUUUUUUUGGCUGGCACAAAUUAUCGAAAUACAUCAAUAGAGGAAGGAUUUCUAACUGCAUCCAUCCAAUCUUUGGUUGGAGGAAGUUCACAUUCGACGUAGUGUGUGAAGAAGCAGUUCCUACCAGGGGUAUAUAGUUGAAGCCUAUAAAGCAGUCCCUCAUACGGUUAUACAGUAGAAAACAUGCUAGGCAGACGAAAAUAUUAGAAGAUUGCAGAGUGUAACAUAGGCAGCUGCGCAGCUUUUGUCGAGAGAGAAAAUCGCUGAACAAAAAAUCUGUCCUUGCGGCUAACCAAGUGAACUGUGAAUGACAUGGAUUGUGCUUGAUCACAUGGUUGGAUCAGGAAAGCACCAGUUUCUAUUGAUUUUGCAAUAGAGUGCAGUAAAAGAACUUACGUGGUUUUGUGUCUCUUAAUUUGUAUACUUGUAACUCUUAAUCUGUUGGUGAAUCUUUAGCUUUUACAUCACUCAUGUACUCGUGACCAUUUUAUAGAGAUGACUAUUUUUAAGAAAA